AUGCUCCAGAAGCGCAAUGACAUCAACAAGACAAUAGGCGACAUAAGGACUGAAGUCAAACAAUCCCAGUAUGACCACUUGAAGUUGUCCACCACUGUGUCGUCUCUGGAGGUGUUCAGAAUGAAUGUUACCAGAAAUAAAUGCGACUUGUCUAAGAGAGUCGCUUUUACUGCUGGAGUGUUGUCUGAUAGCACCUCAUGGAACAGUGGGACUUUAGUGUAUAAUAAAGUUUUUAAUAACGUGGGAGGGGGAUAUAAUCCCACCAACGGAAUCUUCACCGCACCAGUAGAGGGAGAGUAUGUAUUCUAUGUCAGUAUUCAAAGCUACAAUGCUAACAAUAUAUAUGUCGACAUUGUAUUAAACGGAACUAGCAAGGUUCGAGCAAUGGCUAAUUCUUAUAACACUAAUGAUCGUUGGGAGACGGGUACAAACCUGGUAACAUUACGGCUACAAGAUGGAGACAUGGUAUGGGUAAGACAUCACAGUGGUACAGGUUAUCACACGCACAGCGACAUUCCUAUUACAACGUUUUCUGGAUUCCUUAUUUAA